AUGGCCAACGUCAACGUCCCCACGGACACCAAAAUCAAGGAGAAGGAUGUCAACCAAAAGCUACAGCUCUAUGGCAUCUACUCCGCCUUCGCCAAUGGCAAGCCUCCAAGCUCUCUCAUCGCCAUCAAAGAGGCUGUCCAGCGAGGGUCAAGAGCUAGUCGCAGACUGAAGGAAGUCAUCAAGCAAGCGAAGCACCUGCUUCUGUCCAAGAACCAAGGCAACUUGUUGCAAGACUUCAUCUGGGACUGCCAGAAUCUUGAUGGUGGCAAUGCUAGCUUGCCAGGAGCACCUACAGACAAGGAGACUGCCAAGCAGCACGGCAACGAGGCUCUCGAUGGUCUCAAGACAUUGGGCACAUUGAUCCUUAGCAAUGGUCAAUUCCGCAAGCUCCUCGACGAUGCCAUCAUUCUCGUCCGUGACAUGGCUGGCGACGCUGCGUCAAAUGCUGCCAACAAGGUGCGCCCUGACGAGGAACGUCUCAACCAGAUCGAUCAGCCAGCUGAGGACAACACCUGGCACGAUGUUCCAGACUUAAGUAAGGAUAACAUCAAAGGUCAAGUCUCAUCAGCCUACAACAAGAACAAGCCCUUCAACCGUGAGCAGGCCAAGGAUGCUGCUGCCACUGGCGCCGACCAGGCUCAGCAACAGCCUACUGCUGACAACCAGCAAGCUGCCCAGACUGGUGCAUCCACAACUGUUGGUCAACUCAAGGAUCAGGCACGUUCGAACAUUCCCGAUGAGACUCAGGAGAAAGCCCGCGAUGCCAAGAAUGCUGCCGCUCAACGAUCCAAGAACUACCUCAGCAAGAAGAUGCCUCAGGAACGCCGCGAGCAGAGCAUUUGGCGGCUCAAGAAGAUGAUUGUUGAGAUUCAAGGUCACUCCGACUACCAACAAGCAAUCGAGACACUUCUCAAUCUUGCUGAGACCUAUGCUGGUCACGCCAACACUGUCGCAAAAGACAGUCAUGGCACUGUCAAAGGUGCCCAUACUGAUAAUUCUUUGCAGUCUGCCGAAGCUAACCUGAAGACCCUCAUCGAGCGCUUCGCCAACUCCACGAGCACUGACGAUCUCUUCGAUGCCCUCAACCAAAUCUACCGCGAUGCGCAACAAGAUCCUGAGCUUCGCAACUGGUUCAAGCAGGUUGAUGCUUACAUCCGCAAGGCUCUACGCCAGCAAGGUUUCAUUCUCCAAGACCAGGCCAAUGACGAGUGGAAUGCUCUCUACGACAAGGGCAACUUCCUCCUGCGCGAACGCUACCGCAGCCAUACCGAUCGUCUGCUUGAUGAGGUUAAGUUCCUCAGCAGCCAAUUCGAACAGGACCCCCAGAACCGCGCCUUUGGUGAUGCUGUUCAGAAAUUAUUCCUCGACCUUGGCAAUGAUGAGAAUGGCAAGUCAACCUUUAAGCCACACUUGGUCAAGGAUGUUACCGAGGUCAUCAUCCCGGCUAUCUUUGAGAACGUUAGAUACGUACCCAUUCCCCGUAUUGAGGUCUCAGAUCCCAUGGUCGAUGUCGUUGUGGAGAACCUCGUCCUUGAGAGCAACAACCUAUUUCCCAACGUCAUGGAGUUUGGAUCCGACAACUACUUCCGCAUGGGCCGUCGUCAGGUCAAGAACAAACACGAGAACAAGGUCAUGAUCUCUGCCUCUGGCAUUCAAUGUGACCUUCGCGAUGUUGCAUACUACAUCAAGAAGAAGCAGGGUUUCCCGUCGAUCACCGACAAGGGUGUCAUGGACAUCAUUCUCGGCGGCGAAGGCUUCAGCUUCAAGAUCGCUGCUCGCAAUGCGCAAAAGAGCGACCGUACCAAGUUCAUCGCUGUUGACAACGUUGACGUUCAGGUUAAGAACCUGCAGGUCAAGAUCAAGCAGUCCAACCACAAGUUGUUGUUUGGUAUUGCCAAGCCUCUACUGCUCAAGGUCAUGCGUCCAGCGAUCCAGAAGGUAAUCGAGAAGCAGAUCAAGGAUGCCUUUGAGAAGGCUGAUGCCUACCUCUGGAGCAUUCACCAGGAGUCUCGCAAGGCGCUGGAGGCCGCCAAGAACGACCCGGAGAAUGCACCUAAUCUGUACCAGUCAUACGUCGAUGCUAUCAAGCGGAAGGCGACCGAGAAGAAGCAGAAGGCGGAGGCCAAGGCUAGUAACACCGACGUCAACCUCGCUGUCACGAAGAAUGACUCCAUGUUCAAGCAUAUCUCUCUGCCAGGUGGUAUUAGCACCAAGGCUACUGAGUAUCAGAAUUUGGCCGCUAAGGGCGACCGUUGGGAGUCCCCUGUCUUCUCCAUUGGCUCGGCCAAGGAGUCCAGCGACAUCCCCAAGCUUGCUCAAGUCACCCGCAAGCCGCAUAGCACAGCUCAAGCUGGUCUUCGCGACCACUCCUCCGCCGGAACCGGUACCACAGGUGGCGCAGGAUACGGUUCCACUGGUGGUGCAGGAUACAACUCAGGUGUCGGAAGCGCCCCUGGCAGCGGUAUCUCUGGUUCUGGCGGCGCUGGCCAAGCUCUGGGCUCUCAACUCGAUAGUGCGUUCCAACCCAACAAACCCCUAGGUGCGAUAUCGACCACGGGCGCUGCUAACACGACUUCAGGUAACACCGGUACUUACUACGAUGGCGUCACCAAGCAGCAGUAA